AUGGAUCGCAUAGAGCCACUACGUGGCUCUCCCGGUCCUCAGGGGGUUCCUCAGCAGCCCCCCUCUUCCAGUACUUCCACCGCUGGGUCUAGAACGACGUCAUCACAGCCGACUCGACCCCGAGCACCAUCGCUGCGCACCCGUCGUCCAACCAUCCAUCUUCAGCGUCUUCCAUCGGCAGAGAAGACGCCUCAAGUUCGUCGAAGCUCUCAGAGACUAUCUACUCUCGAUAUCCCCAGUGCGAUUCCCGCGUCCCCCAGGCCCUCCCAGGACCUGGACGAGUCAUGGCAAGCCAAUCGCCGUCGCAGCAACUCCGAGCCCCGACCGGGCCGCUGGUCUGCUCCAGAUCCGGCGUUGAUGACCCGGUUGAGGACGGGAGAGCCAAUGAACCCUUUGAUGGAAGAGAACACUAACCCGAGUCCUGUCGCGGUAACUCCAUCAAACCAGCCCUUCGCUCCGUCGCCUCCCCCGGAACAAGCGGAUGUACAACCGGAUGUUCAAUCUAAGGCUGGUAGAGGUCUUAUGCGCUGGACGAGUUCAGCUACUCAUAACCGCUUUUCUCGCAACCGUGCUACUAUCAGUGGAGGCUCACCGUCACCACUGGAGUUUUCCAAUGAGUACCAUCCUCAUAUCGUGGAUGUUUUAGAUGUCAUCGAUCCGGAAGUCUCCGCAUUGUCCACUCUCACGAAUGUCCAGAACUCGCUGUUCGUCCCGAAUUUGGGCCCCCUCAUCAAUCGAAACCAAACGUACACUCUUUCACCGCCGAGGGAUGAUUCUGAUGAGACGACGACCACCGAUGAAGGCGAGGAAUACCCAGAAAAAAGGGACGUUCGUCCAUCAUUAGAACGCCCUUUGACCAGCCUUUCGGCGGUGCUGGAGGAGCAGGACACUCGAUUCGCCGUGCUUCCGGAAGGAAGCAAUCUUGAGGGCUGGACCACAAGAGAUGUCGAAGAACUUAACGAUCAUGUUCGACAUAUGUUACAUUCCCGUCGGUCAAAGUUCAAACGCUCGAUGAAAGGUUUUGGAAAAUACGUGCGGAAACCCCUCGGGUUUCUCAUCACUUUCUAUGCGGUCUCAAUUACCGCUUUUGGUCUCGCUUGGGUACUGUUCCUCAUUGGAUGGAUCAACGUCGGGGGGCGACAGUUGUACAUCAUCAACGUCAUUGACAACGUCCUAGUGGCGUUGUUCGCAGUCAUGGGUGACGGGCUAGCCCCGUUCCGUGCCAUUGAUACUUACCAUAUGAUCUUCAUCGCGCAUUAUACAUUCCUGACAUGGAAAUUGCGUCGGAAGAAGCGUUUGCCGGAUCUCAAAGAUAAAAACGACCUCCCUUCACGCCGCGAGACGGAUAUCGACGUCGAGUUUGGUGAUACACCGAAAGACGAGGAGUUCGAGUACAGCGUGCUGAACCCGGUUCAGCAGCAGAAGCUCAUCCACCACCAGACGAAGCUCUCUAAAUCGCACACUUUCUAUAAACCGCACGAAACAUUAACCCACCACGCCUUUCCGCUACGGAUGCUCAUUGCCAUUGUUGUGCUCCUCGAUUGUCAUUCCUUGCUGCAGAUUGCCCUCGGCGCCUGCACAUGGGGCAUCGACUACCACGUGCGUCCAUUUGCGCUCACAACAGUCAUCCUCUGCUGUUCCAUCACCUGUAACAUUACGGGUGGCGUCCUCAUCAUGAUCGGCGAUCGCAGAACCCGCAAGAAGGACGUUGUCGAGCGAUUGUUCCGCGAGCAGCUAACACGCGAGGCAAUGAAGAAGAUCAAUAAAAAACGCAGAAAGAAAGAAAGGGAAGAGCGAGAAGCAGAACAAGAGGCGUCCCGCGUGUCUACGUCAUCUUCUCGUCCCAGGCCGAGCAUGGCUUCCGAGGUGAUCAAGCCCCCCGCUUGA